AGCUGUCAGAGGAGCCUGAACCCGGAGGACUUGUGAGAGAGUGGGUCCGUGUGUCAGUCUUUCCGUCAAACAUGGAGCCAAAGCGGAUCAGGGAGGGCUACCUCGUGAAGAAGGGGAAUGUGUUUAACACCUGGAAACCCAUGUGGAUGGUACUGUUAGAAGAUGGAAUUGAAUUCUAUAAGAAGAAAAGUGACAACAACCCUAAAGGAAUGAUCCCCCUGAAAGGAAGCAUUGUGACUAGCCCUUGUCAGGAUUUUAGCAAAAGGAUGUUUGUGUUUAAGAUCACGAGCAUCAAACAACAAGACCAGUACUUCCAGGCAGCCUACCUGGAAGAGAGAGAUGCUUGGGUUCGGGACAUCAAGAAGGCCAUCAAAUGCAUUGAAGGAGGCCAGAAGUUUUCAAGGAAAUCCACGAGGAGGUCCAUUCGUCUGCCAGAAACCGUUGAUUUAGGUGCCUUGUAUUUGUCCAUGAAAGACACUGAAAAAGGAGUGAAAGAAUUGAACAUAGAGAAGGACAAGAAGAUUUUUAAUCACUGCUUCACAGGUAGCUGUGUUGUUGACUGGUUGGUAUCCAACAAGUCAGUUCGGAAUCGCCAGGAAGGCCUCAUGAUUGCUUCAUCGCUGCUCAGUGAAGGAUACCUGCAACCUGCUGGGGAUCUGUCCAAGAAUGCAGCAGAUGGAAUCACUGAGAACCCUUUCCUGGACAACCCUGAUGCCUUCUACUACUUUCCAGACAGUGGAUUCUUCUGUGAAGAGAAUUCCAGUGAUGAUGACGUGAUUCUGAAAGAAGAAUUCAGGGGGGUCAUUAUCAAACAGGGAUGUCUGCUGAAGCAGGGGCAUCGGAGGAAAAACUGGAAAGUGAGAAAGUUCAUUCUGAGAGAAGACCCUGCCUACCUACACUACUAUGACCCGGCAGGGGGGGAAGAUCCCCUAGGAGCAGUCCACUUGCGAGGAUGUGUGGUGACUUCAGUGGAGAGCAACCCAGAAGGCAAGAAGAGCGAUGAAGAGAACCUUUUCGAGAUCAUCACGGCUGAUGAAGUUCAUUACUUCUUGCAAGCAGCUGCCCCUAAGGAGCGUACUGAGUGGAUCAAAGCCAUCCAGGUGGCCUCACGGACGGGGAAAUGAGGACAAACUUGCAGGUCCUCAUCCCCUCCUCAGGGAAGCCUGUGGAUAAGCUCAGACCAAGACCUGUCCACUUCGGUGACCACUCACCCUGAGGGGCCCCAAGAUGGGAAGUUUCGCCUGCAUGUAGCUAACCACGUGCUACACGAUGUCCAUGUGUACUGCCUUGCUCACUGCAGCCUUUCUGCCCUCUUUGUGUCCCCAAACCCUAUAACAGGUUGUGUGGUUCACAAAGGCUGUUUAGCCCCUUCAGCCUGGGACCUCUUUUGGAAAGUGAAAGAGGUCCUCCCUAGCUGAGUACCAAAGUAUCUGACCCUAAUACUAUGCAAAUGAAAGUGUCUCUCAUCGCCCUGCAGAUGUCCUCCUUUGUUUGAGUCUCGGCCUUCUGGUCUCCUCAGAUGUGCCACAACCUGAGACAGCACCUGUCUUGAAGCUGUUGCCUAUCUAUACCACGAGCCCUGGGUAUAAGCUUCUUCUGCUCUGUUCAGCUGCCUUGUUCUUGUUAUUGGCCUUGGGCUCAUAUAAGGACAUGAAGGGGGAACAAUCUUCCUAAUUCACUACCCUACACAGACACUUCUUGAGAAGAGUGGUGGUUUUUAGCAUACCUUCUAUUGCUUUUUACUUUUGAGAGAAUGACACCAGGGAGCCAGGAGUAGCUGAGAGCUCUUUCCAGGCCCUGAAGUGGCCCAGAGCCCAGAGUUAGAUGAUUGGUUUAUAAAUGUCAACACUGAAAGGAUUCACAUGUACAGAGCUUGUGGUGAUGUCUGUCAGCAUUGUCAUGAUCAAUGCUCCAGGUCAUGAUCCUGUGGUUGUGUCUGAGUUUAAAGCACACACAGUAGCAGCUCUCAUUCAGCUCUGGGGCUUCAUGGCCUUAGAAUUAGAGCAACCCGACCUAGAUCAAAAUGGAAACAUACUUACAAUUUUUCAUCUGGUCACUAACUAAUGUGUGAUGUUUUACAAAACUGAGAAUGAUAGUACCUGUAGAAUCAAGAAUGUGUAUGAAGAUAUAUUCUUCCAACUCCAGUUUUAAUUUUAUGGCCCCAUUAAGGAAAGGCAAACAGAAAUUUCUUCCUGACUUUACCAGCUCCUCUACUGCCCUCCCUUAUUUCCCCUGCACCACUCCCAACGCUGUCCCUAGUCCCAGCUUACUUUGUCAAUGGCCCAAAGGUAAAGGACUAUCUUCUCUGAUUCUUGAGCACAUUGGCUUUAUAGAAUAUGCACAGUAUUUUUCUACAUUCAAUAUAAAAUAUUUAUUAAUAUGGAGUCAACCUUGUGUUUUGAAAUAAAUAUGACUUAGU